UGCAGGCCUUAGACCACACACCUUUUGGUCUUCCACUAUAAAAAAAGACCAUCUAUUAUUUCUCCUUUCACUUCUCACCCAACUGCAUUCUUCAAUUCUUGGCACACUAAAAACCUAGAAUUUGUUUCUCAUUCAUAUUUGAGUACAAUUAAUUUUCAAUUAGAGAUGAAGGGAAGCACUGGAGCUAAGGAUGGUAACUCGAAGAAGAGGAUGUCAAGUAGAAGACUAGGAAAGUUUCUUAAGGAGCAGAGAGGAAGGCUUUACAUUAUGAGAAGAUGUGUAGUCAUGCUACUUUGCUGGCACGACUGAUGUCAAGUUGAUUUCGCCCCACAACCCUCUUCAGCUCAGGUCUCUUGCUUUAUCGAACGAUUGAUAUAAAGAAGAAAUUCCUAUAUUUCUUGUCUAGUAGGAAUUGAACCUACGAGUUCCCCAAUUGUAAAUAGAAAAGAGAAACAUGAAUUAUCUAGCUUAGCUUAGAAUUGUUAGAACAGCAGCAAGGAAUAGACUUGGUUAAGUAAUCUGGUCUCUGCGGUUCAUUAUAUGAUUUCAUUGUGUAAUUAACAAUGGCAGAGCUAGUGAUACUGGUUUCUUAAUUUACUUAAUUUGUGAUGCA